AUGACGCUCGAGAGUCCCAGUUCUGCAAGUCUGUCACAUCUGCUUCAAAUGUCAAAGAACAAAGCGGCGGACUUGCAGGAGGAAUCUGAGUUAGGUGGAGCAGUAGAUCAACACCCAAAAACCAAGAUGGACAAUAAGAAUCUGAUCUGUAGAAUUCAAUCACAUCAACUUACAACUGCAAAUAUCAAAGCUGAGGGCCUGUUAGAAAAAGAUGUAAAGGCUGAACCCAUUUGUGGACAUGAAGAUCAGAUUCUGGAGCAGAAAAUUGGGGCUGAGGUUCCUCCACUUCGUUACGAUGACUGUGCCAUGAGGAUAAGUGCCUGCAGAUCACCGGUCUAUCAAGAGCUCCAGAUCUGCACCAGAGAGAUGAGUGAUUUUCAGACGCCUCUGGUCUUGGAUACUGGUUCUGGUUUGGUAAAGGCCGGAUUUGCUAAUCAGGAUCUUCCCACCACAAUCUUCCCCACGGCCAUCGGCCUUCCCAAAUACGAGGAAGUGAUGAGCAGUAGUUUGGAUCGCAGUGUGUAUAUGGGACAUGAUGCUCAGCACAUGAGAGGUGUGUUAACGCUUCAUUGGCCCAUGAAGAACGGAGCGGUGAGGAACUGGGAGCAGAUGGAGAUGAUCUGGCAGCAUGUGUUUGAUCAGUUGCGAGUGUGUUCUGAAGAUCACCCAGUUCUGCUAACGGAAGGAGUGAUGAGUGUUAAAGAGAACCAACAACGUUCUGUCCAGAUCAUGUUUGAGUCCUUCAAUGUUCCACUAACCUACACCGCUCUACAACCUGUACUAGCACUGUACACAACCGGCAGAACCACAGGUGUGGUUUUUGACUCUGGUGAUGGGGUGAGUCACAGUGUACCGGUGUAUGAUGGGUACAGUUUACCUCAUGCUGUUCAGCGCUUUAACCUGGCAGGAUCUGAUGUUACCCUGCACCUUAAACAGCUGCUGCAGGAGCAGGGCGUGUGCAUGAGGACGUCGGCCGAGAUGGAGAUCGUACGGGACGUUAAAGAAAGGUGCUGCGUUGUAGCUCUGGAUUAUGAGGCGGAGCUCAAGGGAGGGGGAGGAGCCAGCACACAGGUACACUACACUCUACCUGAUGGACAGGUCGUCUCCCUGACAACUGAGAGAUUCAGGGCUCCUGAGAUCCUGUUUAAACCAGAGCUGAUUGGUCAAGAUUUUUAUGGGAUGCAUGAAAGCAUUUUUAAGUCAGUUCUUCAGUCGGACAUCGACCUGCGCAGAGAUUUAGUGGGAAACAUUGUUCUUUCUGGUGGUAACACGUUGCUGGCGGGACUUCCUGAACGUCUGCGCCGUGAGAUCAGCCGAUUGGCUCCUGCAGACUUGGGUCAGAGGGUGAAGGUUGUAAGCCAUGAUGAUCGUGAUUUCUCCGUGUGGCGAGGGGGUGCUGCACUCGCCAGCAUGCCAGCUUUCUCCUCCGCCUGGAUCAGCCGGGACGAGUAUGAAGAGUUCGGACCCCAGAUCGUCUUCAGGAAGUGUUUCUAAGCACAUCAGGAGUGUUCAUGAUGGCCUCAGGUGUGCGUCUGGUCUGGAUGCAGCGUUUUUGCAGCGAAACCUACACCUGCACAUACUGCCUGUUAGAAAGUACAUCUGAAGCUUUUAGAUCUUGAAUUGCUCCUAACUGGAUUGCAGAUGUGGCAUUGUGGUCAGGUCCCUCAGGUUGCACCGUUUUAGAAAAGAAAAAAGAAAAAAAAGAAAAAUAGGACCUCCAGGGUGCAGCCUUCCCCAGGUGCUAUCUUUUAACUUGGGUUUCUUUCUGGUUGAUGCCUGUUUGAAUAAAAUCCUCCUUGGUGCAGCACCAUCAACAAUGAGUUUGUGUGCCCUCUUGGUGAAGGUUGCUUUUCUUUAUGCAAACUUUUGGAAAGAGAGUCUUUAAGGUU